GAGAAAUUGAAAAAGUAGAAUCAUAAAAGCACAAAGAGGAGAAUCCAGGAAGAAGCAGACGAGUCAGAACUUUGGAUUCUUUCUCUUCAUCUACUUUAGUCAUCACCUAAACGAUCAGUAUCUUCGGAAUCUUCUUCACCACCGGUUAUGACGUCCCUCGCUUGUGGCUCCACCCUCUCCCUUCUCCGUGCUGCCAAUCCCAAUAACACUGCUCGCUCUCUUCAUCUCUCCUCAAACUUGCUUCCCGGUUUCACCCACAAAUUACUGACUGCUUCUUCGUCGUCGUCGUCGUCAAAAACAGUGGGAGUUAGAGUCACACGCGCCGCUGCUCAAGUGGCGGACGCUGUGCUGGGGGAUAAAGAAGACAAAAGUCGGGUGUUGAGAGUUGGGGUUAUAUGUGGAGGCCCAUCAGCUGAACGUGGGAUUUCCUUAAACUCUGCUCGCUCAGUACUUGAUCACAUACAGGGAGAGGACCUGCAUGUGAGCUGCUACUACAUUGACUCUCAUCUCAAUGCCUUUGCAAUAUCCUCUGCUCAGGUAUACUCCAAUACUCCUUCAGAUUUUGACUUUAAGCUCGAAAGUCUUGCCCAAGGUUUCCAGUCUCUGUCUGAAUUUGCCGAGCAUCUAGCUAACUCCGUGGACAUAGUUUUCCCUGUAAUACAUGGUCAGUUUGGUGAAGAUGGUGGCAUUCAGGAGCUGUUGGAAAAAUACAACGUUCCAUUUGUCGGGACGGGAUCCAAGGAGUGUCAACAAGCAUUUAACAAGUACAAUGCCUCCCUGGGCCUUAGCAAAUAUGGAUUUGUAACAGUACCUAGUUUCUUAGUGCAGGGAAGUGAAGUGAACCAAGAUGAAUUAUCUGAAUGGUUUGUAAGCAACCAUUUGGACGUUAACUCCGGGAAAGUUGUGGUAAAACCAACAAGAGCAGGUUCAAGCAUUGGUGUCACAGUUGCAUAUGGUGUUAGUGAUUCACUUACAAAGGCUAAUGAAAUUAUUUCACAGGGAAUCGAUGAUGGAGUCCUCGUUGAAUUAUUUCUCGAAGGAGGGAGUGAAUUCACAGCCAUUGUUCUUGAUGUGGGCCAAGGUUUUGAUUGCCAACCUGUUGUGCUACUGCCAACUGAGGUGGAGCUUCAAUUUCAAGGUAGUGGUGAUGUAAGGGAGAAAGAUGCAAUUUUCAAUUAUAGAAGGAAGUAUCUUCCCACACAACAGGUUGCAUAUCACACCCCUCCUCGUUUUCCUAUUGAAGUAAUCAAAAGUAUCCGAGAAGGUGCAUCUUUGUUAUUUCAAAGGCUUGGUUUGCGUGAUUUUGCUCGAAUUGAUGGCUGGUUUUUGCCUUCUUCCACAAAAGCAUUAUCGUCUUCUGAAGAUAAAUUUGGAAUCACAGAAUUUGGUACGGUUCUAUUUACUGACAUCAACUUGAUUAGUGGGAUGGAACAGACAAGUUUCUUGUUUCAGCAAGCUUCAAAGGUUGGAUUUUCUCAUUCGAACAUUCUGCGAAGCAUUAUUAGUCGAGCUUGCUUGAGGUUUCCUGAGCUGGCAACAUAUAGUAGUAAAUCAAGUCAGUUUCAGAAAAAUUUAAAAUCCUCUAAGCUUAAUGGGACAUCCAAAGGGCGUGAAGGCUUUCGUAAAGUCUUUGUACUUUUUGGAGGAGACACUUCAGAGCGGCAAGUAUCCCUUAUGAGUGGAACUAAUGUUUGGCUCAAUUUGCAAGGAUUUGAUGAUCUUGAUGUAACUCCCUGUUUGCUUGCUCCCUCGAGUGACCAUUCAUCUACUACAGAUUCAGAUAAAAAGGACCCCGGUUUGAACUCCAUUGAAGUUUGGUCAUUACCGUACUCUCUUGUGUUGAGACAUACAACAGAGGAAGUCCUUGAUGCAUGCAUGGAGGCAAUUGAGCCAGCUCGAGCUGCCUUGACGUCUCACUUAAGAAACCAAGUGAUGAAUGAACUCGCUGAAGGUUUGACGAAACAUGGUUGGUUUACUGGAUUUGAUAUAGCUGAUGAGUUACCUGUGAGAUAUUCACUGAAGGAGUGGAUCAAGUUUGCCAAGGAAGUCGAAGCAACAGUUUUUAUUGCAGUGCAUGGAGGCAUAGGUGAAGAUGGCACACUUCAGUUUUUGCUGGACACUGAAGGAAUUCCGUAUACAGGUCCUGGUGCAAUGGCUUCAAAAACUUGCAUGGAUAAAGUUGCAACAUCUCUGGCUCUUGAACAUCUAAAAGACAAGGGAGUUCUUACCAUAAACAAAGUUGUGAAGAAAAAAGAAGAUUUGUUGAAAAUGCCCGUUCGUCUGACUUGGAAUGACCUAAUCUCUAAGCUUCAGUGUGAAACGUUAUGCAUUAAGCCAGCAAGGGAUGGAUGCUCUACUGGUGUUGCAAGAUUGUGCUGUGCCGAGGACCUUGCAGUGUAUGCAAAAGCCUUGGAUGAUUGCCUUCUACGGAUUCCACCUAAUAGUUUUUCAAAGGAACAUGGAAUGAUUGAGAUGCCAAACCCUCCUCCAGAGCUCUUGAUCUUUGAACCUUUUGUGGAAACAGAUGAAAUUGUUCUUUCAUCUAAAACUGUUUCCUACGAUACACAACGCCUUCUGUGGAAAGAACACAGUCGAUGGGUAGAAGUAACGGUUGGUGUUAUUGGAAAACGGGGAUCAAUGCACUCAUUGAGUCCUAGCAUAACUGUCAAGGAAACUGGUGAUAUUCUGUCACUUGAGGAGAAAUUCCAAGGUGGAACCGGCAUCAAUCUGACUCCUCCCCCGGUGUCAAUUAUUAGCAAUGAGGCAUUGGGGCGAUGUAAACAACGUAUUGAGCUAAUUGCCAACACCCUGCAACUGGAAGGAUUUUCAAGAAUUGAUGCAUUUGUUAAUGUUGAUAGCGGAGAGGUGUUGAUCAUAGAGGUCAAUACGGUGCCUGGAAUGACUCCUUCUACUGUGUUAAUACAUCAGGCACUGGCAGAGCAGCCUCCUGUAUAUCCUCACCGGUUCUUCCGUACACUACUUGAUUUGGCCACAGAGAGAGUAGUGUGAAAGUGGUGUUUAACUUCGCUUGGUAGAUGAAUCUUCCUAGUGCUACUGAAGAAUGAGGAGUGAAAUGCAAUUGUGAAAAGUUGAAUGGCCAAGUUACUUAUGUAGCAGCAAGUAGAUGAGGCUCAAAUGAAAACUCAAAUACAAUAAUGAAUUUUCUUUUCUUUUCUCA